ACGUCCUCCCCGGGCGCCAAAUUCAAAUUCGCGGCCAUCUUGAGCGGGCGGAAUCCGAGCUCGCCGCUCGUGUGGAACUGAGGGCGUCCCCGCGUGGAUCUCGGGAUCCGGAGGUGAGGGCGCCAUGGCGCCCGGCUCCAAAACUGAGUUACGCAGUGUGACAAAUUGUCAGUCUAACCAGCCAAGUAAUGAAGGUGAUGCCAUCAAAGUUUUUGUGCGAAUUCGUCCACCUACAGAGGGUUCUGGGUCAGCUGAUGGAGAGCAAAAUUUAUGCUUAAGUGUGCUCUCCUCUACGACUCUCCGGCUGCACUCCAACCCAGAGCCCAAGACCUUCACAUUUGAUCAUGUUGCUGGCAUGGACACCACUCAGGAGUCUGUGUUCUCAACUGUGGCCAAAGGCAUUGUGGAAUCUUGCAUGAGCGGGUAUAAUGGCACCAUCUUUGCAUACGGACAGACUGGCUCAGGGAAAACAUUUACUAUGAUGGGACCAUCUGAAUCUGAUAAUUUUUCUCAUAACCUGAGAGGAGUAAUCCCACGCAGUUUUGAAUAUUUAUUUUCCUUAAUUGAUCGUGAAAAAGAUAAGGCUGGUGCUGGAAAGAGCUUCCUUUGUAAGUGUUCCUUUAUUGAAAUCUACAACGAGCAGAUCUAUGACCUACUGGACUCUGCAUCGGCUGGACUGUACUUAAGGGAGCACAUCAAGAAGGGGGUCUUUGUUGUUGGUGCGGUGGAGCAGGUGGUGACCUCAGCGGCUGGAGCCUAUCAGGUGUUGUCUGGAGGAUGGAGAAACAGGCGUGUGGCGUCAACGUCAAUGAACAGAGAAUCCUCGCGGUCCCACGCAGUCUUUACAAUUACAGUAGAGUCGAUGGAGGAAAGCAACGAGACCGUGAAUAUCCGAACCUCCUUGCUCAAUCUGGUGGACUUGGCAGGAUCCGAAAGGCAGAAAGACACCCAUACGGAAGGGCUGAGGUUGAAGGAAGCAGGUAACAUAAACCGAUCAUUGAGCUGCCUGGGCCAAGUGAUUACUGCCCUUGUCGAUGUGGGAAAUGGGAAACAGAGACAUGUUUGCUACAGGGACUCCAAGCUCACUUUCUUACUCCGGGAUUCCCUUGGAGGUAAUGCUAGAACAGCCAUAGUUGCAAACGUUCAUCCUGGAUCCAGGUGUUUUGGGGAAACCCUAUCAACGCUGAAUUUUGCUCAAAGGGCCAAGCUGAUUAAAAAUAAGGCAGUUGUAAAUGAAGACACGCAAGGCAAUGUGAGCCAGCUCCAAGCUGAAGUGAAGAGGCUCAAAGAACAGCUGGCCCGGCUCACUUCAGGGCAGAUACUACCAGGAAGCUUUCUGACCAGAGUUACAGACAAAGGCGAGACUGAUUAUAUGAAGUGUUUCCAGGAGGCAAUGUUAUUCUUGAAGAAGUCUGAACAGGAAAAGAAGUCUCUGAUAGAAAAAGUUACCCAGUUAGAAGACCUCACCCUCAAAAAAGAGAAAUUCAUUCAGUCUAAUAAAAUGAUUGUGAAAUUCCGAGAGGAUCAGAUAAUGCGCCUGGAGAAGCUCCAUAAGGAAGCUCGGGGAAGCUUCCUGCCGGAGGAGCAGGAUCGUUUGCUGUCGGAACUAAGGGACGAGGUUCAGACUCUGCGAGAGCAAAUAGAGCACCACCCCAGAGUUGCCAAAUACGCUAUGGAAAACCACUCCCUCAGGGAGGAGAAUAGAAGACUGAGGUUACUGAAGCCUGUGCAGAGAGCUCAGGAGAUGGAUGCGCAGACCAUUGCAAAGCUGGAAAAAGCUUUCCUCGAAAUGUCUAGCACAGAGAAAAAUGACAAAAGCCAGCAAGGAUUCUCUCCUAAACUUGCGAAAGAGCCGUGUUCAUUAGCAAGCUCUGAGAAGCUAUCAGUACAGCUCCUGCAGAUUCAGACUGAGCUGAAUAACUCGAAGCAGGAACACGAAGAAUUCAGAGAGCUCACGAGGAAAAGGCAGCUAGAAUUAGAAUCAGAACUUCAGUCGUUGCAAAAAGCGAACCUUAAUCUUGAAAACCUUUUGGAAGCAACAAAAGCCUGCAAGCGGCAAGAAGUUUCUCAGCUGAAUAAAAUUCAUGCUGAAACACUGAAGAUUAUAACUACACCAACCAAGGCUCAUCAACUUUGGCCUCGACAAGUACCAAAAUUAAGCCCUGAAACGGGGAGCUUUGGGUCUCCGCACAGUCAGAAUUCUAGCAGAUUAGGCAAUGACAUCUCAAAUGAGCCAGUUCCACCUGAGAUGAGUGAACAAGCUUUUGAGGCCAUUUCCGAAGAGCUUAGGAUGGUGCAGGAACAAAUGAGUACCCUUCAGGCCAAGUUGGAUGAAGAAGAGCAUAAAAACCUGAAGCUUCAGCAGCGCAUUGACAAACUGGAACAUCAUUCUACACAAAUGCAGGAGCUUUUCUCAUCAGAGAGAACUGAUUGGACCAAACAGCAGCAAGAGCAUCUCUCACAGUUGAAUGUCCUUGAAAAGCAGCUUCGGGACACUCAGACUAAGAAUGACUUUUUGAAAAGUGAGGUGCAUGACCUGCGAGUAGUGCUCCAUUCUGCAGACAAGGAGCUGUCUUCUGUGAAGUUGGAGUACAGUUCAUUCAAGGAGAGUCAGGAGCAAGAACUCAACCACCUUUCCGAAAGGCACAUGCACAUACAGCUUCAACUAGAUAACGUCAGAUUAGAAAAUGAAAAGCUUCUUGAGAGCAAAGCCUGCCUGCAGGAUUCCUAUGAAAACUUACAAGAAGUAAUGAAGUUUGAAAUUGACCAACUUUCAAAAAACCUCCAAAACUGCAAAAAAGAAAAUGAGACUCUGAAGGCUGACCUGAAUAAUUUGAUGGAGCUUUUUGAGGCAGAAAAAGAACGAAAUAACAAAUUAUUAUUACAAUUUGAAGAAGAUAAAGAAAACAGUUCUAAAGAAAUCUUAGACGUUCUUGAGGCUGUGCGUCAGGAGAAACAGAAGGAGAUGGCCAAGUGUGAGCAGCAGAUGGUAAAAGUACAGAAACUAGAAGAGAGUUUGUAUGCCACCGAAAAAAUCAUCUGUUCUCUGGAGAAGUCUAGAGAUGCUGACAAGGAAGUUGUAGCUGACCUCAUGAGCCAGAUUCAGGAGCUGAGGACGUCAGUCUGUGAGAAAACAGAAACUAUAGACAGCCUGAAGCAAGAGCUGAAGGACAUCAAUUGUAAAUACAACUCUGCUUUGGUUGACAAAGACGAGAGUAAAGUGUUGAUUAAGAGACAGGAAGUGGAGAUUCUGGAUCUGAAAGAAACACUUAGACUCAGAAUACUCUCUGAAGACAUAGAGAGGGAUAUGCUCUGUGAGGACCUGGCUCAUGCUACUGAGCAGCUGAACAUGCUCACUGAGGCCUCGAAGAAGCACUCGGGGCUCCUGCAGUCUGCCCAGGAGGAGCUGACCAGGAAGGAGGCCCUGAUCCAGGAGCUUCAGCAUGAGUUAAACCAAAAGCAAGAGGAAGUAGAGCAGAAAAAGAGUGAGUAUAACUUCAAACUGAGGCAACUAGACCACGCGAUGGAUUCCGCUGCUGGGUAUCCCCAGGUACUGUCCAGAAGGAGUGCGUCUCGGGAUGAACAAAGUUUCAGCCCUAAAACACCACCUCAUUUUCAAACACAUUUGGCAAAACUCCUGGAAACACAAGAACAAGAGAUAGAAGAUGGACGAGCCUCUAAGAUUUCUUUGCAACACCUUGUAACAAAGCUAAAUGAAGACAGAGAAAUAAAAAAUGCUGAAAUUCUCAGAAUGAAGGAGCAGUUGAGUGAAAUGGAAAACCUACGCCUGGAAGCUGAGCAGUUGAGAGAGAAAAACUGGCUGCUGCAGGGUCAGCUGGAUGAUACUAAAAGACAAAAGGACAGUAGUGAACACAGCGCUCCCGACAAGCAGCAGCUGGAGAAUGAAGAACUUACCAAGGAAAGACUUGCUAAAAAUAAGUUAGUUGAAGAAAUGCUGAGAACGAAAGCAGACCUAGAAGAAGUCCAGAGUGCCCUGCAGAACAAAGAGGCGGACUACCUUAGAAUGACUGAGGAAGUCGAACGAACCAGAACGUUGGAGUCUAAAGCGUUCCAAGAAAAGGAGCAACUGAGAUCAAAGCUGGAAGAAUUAUACGAAGAAAGGGAGAGAACACUCCAGGAGAUGGAAAUGCUAAGGAAGCAGGUGGAGUGCCUCGCUGAGGAAAAUGGCAAGUUGCUAGGUCACCAGAACCCAAACCAGAAGAUUCACUACGUGAUGCGGCUGAAGAGGGAAAAUGUCCGGCUCGCCGGGGAGACAGAAAAGUUGCGUGCAGAAAAUAUAUUUUUGAAAGAAAUGAAAAAAAGUUUCUGAUGAGCAUUCUGCGGCCGUACACGUCUGGUGGCAGUCGGCAGUCAGCACUCUGCUGUGUAGAGGGCACCGCCCACUGCAAGGCUCUCAAUCAACUGUGAACACUGGGAAAAACACUUUGCCUUUUUAAAUAAAAGCCUGUAGCUGAUGUUUACAGUGGAUGCUGGCCAGGUUGUUUUUUUCCUGAGAUACUAACCUGAUCCCCAUGAGUCUUAGAAGCUCUCACAAGAGUCAGUGGUCCCAGAAUUGCAGUGGGGGUCAUGGCUGAUUGCACAGCGUGGGUAAAAAGCAAACUUGUAAAUACAGAUUAUUUUUGUAUUUCUACUGGAAGUAUUCUCAUAAGCAUUUUUAUGACUGCAAACAUGGCGAUUUUAAAAAAUGUAAUCAAUCUUUUUCAAAUAAACAGUCCAAUAAAGUGA